GGGAAUUGGACAAGACAGAAUACAGCAUUCAGAGCAUUUACAGCAAACACGGCACAUCAGAGAACAUCUUCUAUUUCUUUCAGCAACUACAACCUUACAAUGUCUUCGCAACGCUACACCUCCGAUCCCGUGAGUACUGAGCCUCUAGCCCAGCCGCUUCAGUUCCAGCCCUCGGGGCGAAUUGCCAAGAACCGCUUCCUCAAGAGCCCCAUGGCCGAAGCACUCGCAACCUGGAGCCCCAGGGUCCCCUCCGAGAGAGGCAUUCCCACGGAUGAGCUUGCCGAGCUCUACGGCCAUUGGGGCAAGGGCAAGAACAGCUGGGGUGUCAUCAUCACUGGAAACGUCGACAUUGAGUUUGACUCUCUAGAUGGCCUCGCCGACAUGGUCAUCACUCCUGAAUGCCCUCCGAAAGGCGAGCGCUUCGAAGCAUUCAAGAAGGUUGCCGCCGCAGCCAAGGUCGACGGUAGCCUCAUCCUCGCCCAGGUCACUCACCCCGGCCGCCAAGUGCAGGCCCGCGUCAACCCAAUUGCCAUUUCAGCGUCUGAUGUGCAGCUCGAACCCAAGAUGGGAAUGACCUUUGGCAAACCCCAUGCCGCGACCAAAGACGAACUCGCCAGGGUCGUCGAGGGCUUCGCGCACGCCGCCGAGUACCUGUCCAAGGCCGGAUUCGACGGCAUCGAGCUGCACGCCGCCCACGGCUACCUGCUCUCGCAGUUCCUCUCGCGCACCACCAACAAGCGCACCGACGAGUACGGCCCGCAGACGAUCGAGUCGCGGCUGCGCCUCAUUUCAGAAAUCGCCACGGCCAUCAAGGCGCGCGUGCCGGCCGACUUCGUCGUCGCCGCCAAGCUCAACAGCGUCGAGUUCCAGGACGGCGGCGUCACGCCCGCCGACGCCAAGGAGCUGUGCGAGACGCUCGAGGCCCACGGGUUUGACUUUGUCGAGCUCAGCGGGGGCACGUAUGAGCAGCUGGGCUUGAGCUACGAGAAGGCGUCGACCAAGAAGCGAGAGGGUUUCUUCAUCGAGUGGGCUGAGACUGUUACCAAGUCGCUGGCGGCCGAUCACAAGAUGAAGACUUACAUCGUGGGCGGCCUGCGAUCUGUCGGAGCCAUGGUCAAGGCUCUCGAUGUAGUCGACGGCAUCGCCAUGGGCCGACCAGCCGCUGCUGAGCCGCGUCUCCCCAUUGACAUCAUCGAGGGCCGCGUGCAGGGCGCACUGAAGCCGCUGGACGCCGUCGAGGAGGACUUUGGCAUGGGAAUGGGCGUGGCGCUGGCGCAGAUUUCGCAAAGCGCCAAGGGCAAGGAACCAUUGAAGCACAGUGAUCCGGAGGUCAUCCAGACGUUUGGGCAGGAUAUGGGUGCGUGGUACCAGAAGGUUGUUCAAGACGGAGACAAGAUGGAGUAUAUCCGCGCCAUUGAGUACUCUGGACCUCUGGCGGAGUAUGGCACUGUUUCGACUAAGUGAGCGAGAUAGAUUCGGCAUGAUUUGGUAGAUGGUGG